AUUCACAAUAUUAUAUAAGGCUUUGACUUGACACGUUUUUACAGUGCGUUAUUGUCGUCACAUAACGAUCGUCCAAAUAUGAAACGUUUGAUACUGAUUGGUUGUUGUAUUUCUCAAUUUAUAUUACCAUUGUCGGCAAACGAAGAUUUUUAUGGCGAGGAGGAUUCUGAUUUUGAAGACUAUCAGUACCCACUCGAAAGAAUUAGCCGAAAGUACGAGAUCGAAACCAUAUUUUGCCGAGAUGAGACUACUAAAUCACACAUAACAUGCCACGAAAAAAUAGAACAAAAUUUUAUGGGGUUUAAUGCUACGCCAUCGUUUGUAGAUGAUCAUAUCUGUCUGAGAUGUUCUGAUCGUCAACGUGGAAUGAUUAGGAGUAGCACGAUCGAAAGGCAAAUUUUCAUUUUCGAGAAAACUGGAAUCAAUGGAUGCUACGAACAAAAAGUAUAUCGAAAAAGCUUCGGUUGCAGUAUUUGUAGAAAUAAAAUAUACAAUGCGUUUAUAAAGGAUUCAUCCAUCGAAAUACCUGUGUAAAAAAAAUAUUCCUAUGAGUGCUGAAUAUGUGAAAUAUAUAGCCACUCUAUUAUGUAGACAACAAUUAAUACAUCUGGAUACUGUUUUGUGGGUCUAAAUAAUAUUCUAAUAAACUUCGCCUAAUAACACUAAUUA